AUGCAGUGUGUGCCGCAGGACAUGCGCAGGCUUUCACAUCAGGCCGAGGAUGUCACCAAGCUGUUUCAGAUGUUGGGCAUUGUGUCCCAAGGUGCCCAAAGCACCUUUACCACGGUGGGGCGGCAGAUGAUGUGGUUACCCGAGGUUGGAGGAGUUCGCUGGAGAUGCAUUCUGGCGAAAGGUGCCGAAGCAGGAAUUGGCAUCGCCGUUCUCAAGCUUUGUGCUGGGAUGAUGUCAUUGCCCAAUGACAAGGAUGGCGUCUUGGGGUCCGUGCCCGCGUUCUGCAUCGAUGGCCAGCUUCCAGGGGACGUUUCGAGCUUGUACAGGCUCUUUGAUGCAGCCUACAAGGAGAUUGCUCGUGAUGAAGCCGACCGACCAAGGAAGAAAGGAAGUGCACACCUGAAGGAAUUUGUGAGAAGAUCCUUUGGGGGCAAUGACAGGAUGUUCCGAAUCCUUCAAAAGUUCGGACGAAAGUACCAGAGACUCCGGGAGAAAAUCGGAUGCAAGAUCAAUGGUACCAACACCAGCCGCGAUGAGCAGGACUUUCUCAGGCUGGUCCUUUCAUCCAGAAAGCAGGCAAGUGUGAAUGAUGUGUGCAAGGUGGUGAUGAAGGGCUUUCUAGAUCGGGUUGCCAUUUCUGAGACAUUGAUUGGUGGUCGCAGCGGGAACUACAUGCUGCUUUACAAGCAUGAAGAGCAUCAAAGGCAUGUUUGCCAAGGAAUUGCCACCAUACCAAAGCAGAGCAAAGCUUUUCGCAAGUUCAAAGACGCGGAACCCUUUGUGUUCGCUCUUGAGCUGAGUCAGACACUCAGUGAAUCGACCCCCAAGAUGCUGAAGAUCGCCAACAAGAUGGAUGAAGAGUGGUUGCAGGAACGCUGGUUGCCCCCGUGCUCGGUUUACUGUCUGAUUCAUGACUCUGAGGAAAAGAAGCUCUCUCAAGGGGGUGCAACUCUGGGCCAGCACAAUCUUGAGAAAGAAAUUGUACGCUGUGACAUCUUCAACUACGCAAAGGUACCAGCCCAUUGCAAGGUUUGCAAAUUAACUGGCCAUCCAGGUGGGGUGGUGAAAGCAUUGAGGUUCCUCAAGACCGAUGGUUCCUUCGUCUCCGAGUAUAAGGCCGUCCUCCAACCACCUCGUGGCAUGCAUGGGAAGUUCAAGGUGGACCAAUACCUUCAGAAUGCUGAGCUGUAUAGAGACAACUUGUCCAUUUUCAACCAAUGGAUCAACCAUUGGAGAAACAAUCAUCAAAUCACCAUCGACUGCAAGAAAUUCCUUCCCGCAGCGGACCAGCCGCUCGUGACAUGUCCAGACCUUACUGCCAAGAACCUACCCUACUUCAAAUUCUCCUGCCGGGUGAUUCACAAAGAGGAAAUUGACGCGGCCGUGGAAGCAACGGGCCUGUUCUUGGCCAAGUGCGCAGGGAAGACUCACUUUGAUAUGGAGCACGAAGACCUCCAAGUUGCUGCCUGUAAAGAUCCACACUUGAUGCUAAGCUACUUGCAGCAGCGGCCCCAUCGCGUGCAGCACCAGGGUUCAGACUAUGACAAAAUGCGUGGACGCAUUAGUCAGUGCACGCAGGUUGACCGCACGGUCAAUGAUUUGUGGGAAAAAUGUCAUGGCCGGGAAGCAACAAGAGCAAGCCGCAUGGCUGCAGUUGCAUGGGUUGCCAUCACAAAGUUCAACCUGAAGCUCAAAGGUGGUUUCAUCCGUGACUGGGUGGUUCCAGGCUUCGAAUGCGUGACAGAUGCUCAGGGUCAAGAUCUGCCCUUUCUCUUGCAAAGUGGACCUCGUGGUCGUCCUGUGAUUGAUGCUGGCUUUGUCCCACAGGACCUCGACUUCCAGAUGCCGUCCGACGGGUACUUCGAUGUGCAGGCCUUCAAGGUCAAGGUGGAGACUACUCUUGGGAUCAAGGUAACUCAGAUCCACUUGGAUAGCUUGCUGAUGGUCAUCGUUUUCGAUGCAGUCCAUGGCAAUGAGGACCCGCCAUUGGGCAGCAAAGGUCCUUUCACUGCAGAGAUGGCAUUGCCUCACAUUGCCCCAACAAUGGUGGAUGUGGACUUCUGCGUGAACAAUCUCUGUGUCAUGGCAGACUUUCCCAAAGACUUGUGCAUGCGAGUGCCUGUGCCAAAGCUUACGGUUGACCAGCUGAUCGAGCGCUGCUUUCAAAAGAAGUUCCAGCUUUGCAAGCCGCAGGAUAUGCUUAUCCAACAGCGUGUCGAGAAGAUGAUCAAGAAAGGCUUCCAACGGAUUGAGCCAGACUUGGAAUGGCUGCCGGACUCGGAGGAGGUGAUACGACUUCUGGUGGACCAUGAGCGUGACGGGAAAGCAAGAGAGGUGGUGGACUUUCUUCUGCAGGGCAAGAGCCCAGACGAUCCGAACAACCCCAAGCAGCAUCUUGCCAUGCCUCAAGGGACAAGGGUCGUGAAGAUGUGGAAAGUCAAGAAUGCGUUUCUCGAGAGGAUCUACAAUGCGCACCGCGAGCUUAUCAAGAGAGAGAAUGGUGGCAAUGAAAAUGAGCUCUAUGGGUGGCAUGCCCCGGGGCAAAACACUGAAGAGGUUCGUGUUUCACUGUGCAGGCUUGGUGUCGACAAUCGCUUCUGGAAGCCAGGCUUUUUUGGCAAUGGAGCCUACUUCGCGACAUAUCCGCUCAAGUCUCACAGUUUUGCUCAAAGCCAAGGUGCUGCCCCUAAGGUGAUUUUCCUUUUCAAGGUGCUUUGUGGACAUCAGGAGGUUAUCCUUGGUGAAGGACGUAAUGGGCCGGGAGCGCCCGGCAAGUUUCAGCCGAAGAUGAAGCACCAUUCCGUCCUUGGACAAGGUCACGGCGCAAAUCGCGGAAUUGAUAUUGAUGAGCUCGUGGUGUUCCAGUCCACUCAAGCUCUACCAUUGUGGGAGGUGGAGUAUGCCCCAUAG